AUGUACGAAGGGAUUGACAACCUGAAAUCCCUUUACGACCGUGCCGGGAAGACUUUCUCCGGCGGUCCUUCUGCGGCACAGGAUGUGCCGCGUCGUACUGCUCAACCAGACCCAGUACGUCGAUCAUCAGUUGGGAGCGGGGCUCCCAAGAAUCCCAGGACGGGGGAUAGCCGCGCCACCGGACGAGAUAACUUGUUCGACGUCCGUUCACGUCGCGGUGGUUCAACAGCUGCUCAACUAGAUAGCGAUGGCCACCGCGAGAGUCCUCUAAUGGAGGUGGAGGAGGAGGAAAGACGUUCUCCACACAAUCGUGGGUAUCCGUGUGUUCCCGAGAGCUUCUUUGAUCGCGUAACGCAAGGGUUACGCGACGAUCUCGAACAUGAGCGGAAUAGGCGUCUCCAACUGGCGGACACUGUCUUGAAGCAUCGAGCUGAGUUUGCCUUUGCUCAGCUUGAGAACGAGAGAUCUCUGACAUCUCAUCGUGAAGAGCUAAGGGUAGCUCGUGGGAUUGUUGAUCGGUCUCGGGAUGAGAUAGCUGCUCUUCAGACCCUUGUUGAUGCCCACCAUCGGGAGCACAAGGCUCUCUGCGAGAUGCUUGAGCGCAAGGGCGUUCUUCAUCGGAAGAAGCAGCGUACUGAUGGUACGGCUUAA